AUGAAUUCCUUCAAGUCUGAGAUGACCGACCUAUCAGCCUCUGUUCAGUUUGUGUCGGAUAAAAUCGAUGCUUCCAACAAGUUAAUGGAGCAAAUUACUUUGCAGUUUGCUGAAUUAAAGAAGGAAAACGAACUUUUAAAAACUAAGAACGAAUCUCUCACAAAAGAAGUUCUGGACCUGAGGGAUAGGAUGAGAAAUCUUGAGCAGUAUACCCGUGGGAACAAUGUUGAAGUCAGCAGUCUGCCAUCUACAAGAGAGGAGAGCGUCAAAGACCUGGUGAAGGACGUGGGUGCGGCUAUAGGAGUGCAGGUGCAGGAAAGCGACGUCGCCAUCGCGCACCGGGUGCCAUCCUAUGGACUCAACAGGGAUCCUGCGCUGAUCAUCCAGUUCACGGACAGGGAGAGGAAGGCUGAGUGGCUCAACGCAUACCGGAAAAAGAGGUCACUUGUUGCUCGGGAGGUAAAUCAGUGGUUUCCGGCACAGCGAGUGUACAUCAGCGACCAUUUGUCACUGGAAAACAAAAAAGUUUCUGGCAAGUUUGAAGAAGAAGUGCAGGGAGAUCGGAUAUACGUUUGCCUGGAGUCGCGAUAG